GGAUUUUCUUAGCGAAUCAGUUUAGCGCUAACUACUAGCCUUGGAUGCAUACUUGAUCUAACAGUCGGACAAGUAUUGUUUAUAUUAGAAGUGUCUUUUUGAUCUUUUUUCUUCAAAGUAAUAACAUGAUAGACUAAAUCGUACUCUAUAAUAUAAAUAUUAAAUUGUAUGUUAUAUAUUUUGGUGUAAAAUUGUUUAAAGUCAUUAAUUAAGUAAAUCAAUACUUUAAAUGCUUAUUAAAUACUCGUGUGCAGUUGGUAAAUCGGUAUAACACAUGUACGGUGAACUCGUUCGUUGAGUGUAUUCGUUCGAUAUGAUUAAAAAGCAACAGUUGGUUUAAUACAUUUUGUGCAAUAACAUAACAAGUACACAACAUUGACAUUAAUAAACGAUUACUUGUUAAAGGGAGAGAUUGAAAAUUGAUUUUCAUGAGUUGGAAAAAUUAAUGGCCACAUAUCAGCGAUGGUAAAUUGAAUUGAAGUUUCUGUAGUAAUUACCUUAAUUAAAACGUGGAAUUUAUUUCGUUUGACGUGUUCACAAGUAACGUGUAAUAAAUUUCGAUUUAUCAAUUGGCAAAACGCUUUCGAUUGAACGUUCUUUUACGUACAUUGGACCCGUGCAAGGGAAACGGGGAAAGCGUUUAAAGCGGGGAAUGGAAAUCUGGAGGAUUUAUUUCAGUAGAUGACAAAACAAAUUUGAACAACUAAGAUAACAAAAAUUUUGAGUAUAAAAUAUCCACAAUGCAUUCACUCUGAUAUUUAAAUCUACGCCCGAGAUACUAUGUAAACUUGGUGGUAAUUUACAAAAUUAAUCCAAGAACAACUUCCGUUAGCAAUUUGUCAGUAAAUAAUACCUAAUCUAAGAGUACAAUUGCGAGCAUACCGAGAAGGCUUGUAUAAAUUGUAUAUUUACUCAGAUGGCGGUUAUACCGAUGACCAAAGUUAUAUUUAACGGCAUCGCUGCAUACUGGCGCAAAUGCCAAAACUACUCAGCAUUAUUUACAGUGCAUAAAGCAAACCGUUUGCUUUCUCAACGUUUGUACAGUUUCUUCCACUUUCUUCUAUAAACGCCCUUAUGCGAUAUCCAGUUUGCAUUAAAAUCAAACAGCAUUAUUAAAGUUAUAGAUUUAGCGAAUGAUCCAGAAUGGAUUUCAUAUCAAUAAUUCUUCUACCAAAAAAAGAUUGUAAAACGAUUAUCAAUUGAAAAAUUAUUAUAAAAGCACUAUUAUAUAUGAGGAGAAUGUUUUACUGCACUAUACGUUUGUUCCAUAACGCCUGAGAUUAAUGAAAGUGAAGUAACAAUGAAAAGAAAGAAAUUACUAUUGCUACGACAAGCUUACUUCCAUUACGAAACUGGUAAAUAGCGAAUGAAAGAAGGAUGACAGUCUCGUACCAGUAUCAAGUGGCAAACUCUACCAGAGGUGGAUUCACCAGGCUUCUUUUUAUGUGGAGAGGAUCACUGUAUAAGCUCAUAUAUAGAGAAUUACUCUUAUUCCUGAUACUCUUUGCAGCAAUUUCCACUGUUUACCGUCACAUACUCAGUAUCAAACUGAAAAGAGAAUUCGAAAAGAUUGUCAUUUAUUGCGAUAAUUUUAUUAAUUUAAUUCCAUUAAGUUUCGUUCUUGGAUUCUACGUAUCUUACGUUGCUCAAAGAUGGUGGCAACAAUAUCAAGCGAUACCUUGGCCCGAUAAGGUAAUGCAUUUAAUUGCUUUGUAUGUUACUGGAAACGACGAAUACGCUCGUACACUUCGAAGAGCUCUGAUGCGCUACUUGAACCUUUCCCUGAUACUUGUUUUACGUUCGAUCAGUUCGGCGGUGAAAAAACGAUUCCCAACGCUCGAUCACGUCGUUGAUUCUGGUUUUAUGACAGCGUUUGAAUUGGAUUUAUUUUUGGCAGUACCAAGCUUAGAAUUCAACACUUAUUGGAUCCCUUGCACAUGGUUUAUCAACCUUCUAAAAGAAGCGCGUCAUAAUCACAGAAUUCCCGAUCCUCAGGGAUUAAAAUUAAUUAUGGAGGAAUUCAGCGAAUUUCGUACAAAAUGUGGCCUUUUAUGGAGCUACGAUUGGAUAUCAAUUCCGUUAGUUUACACGCAAGUAGUGACAUUGGCGACGUACAGUUUCUUUGCCGUGGCUUUAAUAGCUCGUCAGUACAUCGAUGGUAAAGAAAAACAAUUCCAGCUGCAGAUUGACAUUUACAUACCUGUUUUUACUCUGCUACAAUUUUUCUUUUUCAUGGGCUUGUUAAAGGUAGCGGAACAAUUAAUUAAUCCUUUUGGCGAUGACGACGAAGAUUUCGAAUUGAAUUGGAUAAUUGAUCGCCAUACAAAAGUAUCAUACCUUGGAGUAGAUACCCUUAUGAAUCGUUGUCCACCAUUGGUCAAAGAUAUUUACUAUGACGCUGAAAAUCUAAUUUUACCAUAUACUGAAGCAGCGGCUGCUUACAAAAAGAAAACUUAUCGCGGUAGUGUGGCACACAUGACCGUUCCCGAGGAAAAGCAAACUAUGUUUCUACCAGAUGUUAUAGAAGAGGACGAAGAGGACGUAAAACCGUCACAUCACACAUCAACGAUGAGUUUAGCUACUCAUCCUAAUGACAGCCCACCGUGUGAAAGGCGCCAGAUCAGCCCGCGCCCUGAAACACCUACGAAAAUUGAUCAAACUUGUCCUGAGACAAUUUUACAGUUUGAUAUUCAGGAACCAUCGGUCCACGCCGACCAAAUAGAACAAAAAGCGAAAAAUAUAGCAGACACUAUAAAGAAAUUUUCAUCUUUAGGAAAGUAUUCGUUGCCACGAAUUGAUUCAAGUCGAAAGCCAUUUUUCACAUUAACAAAAAGUCCUAAGUUGGUUAUACAACCUUGGCCGAGUACGUCCAAUUUAUCAAUACCCUCGAGACAAAUCAUAGACACACCUUCCGUUUACAUGGAUAAUCUAAAUCCAUGGAGAGAUUAUAGUCCAAAAAUUGCACUACCAUAUUCGUUUAAUGUUGGUGGUUCGGAACAUUCCCCGGAAGAGGAAGGGCAAUACGACUUCGAAAGUAUACAUCCAUCAGACGAUACUGUUAUAAACCCAAGUGACAGUCCUCAUUCAGAUACAUGCCAGUUACAGUGCCAACAUUACGGUACUUCUUAUUUAACGCUGCCAGAAACACCUUUGUCAAUCCCGUCGAAAGCAACGAUGCCGAAAAAUAGAAGCCCCAAGUUUCUUGUAAGAAGACAUAAAUCAAUGGGGACAGGUAGAAAGAAAGGUAUUCAAUGGAAACGGAUCGUGAAAACUACUAAGAAAAAUACACCAGACGGUAUGCCGAAAACCGAACGAAGCUUAACUCGUUCGAGGGACUCGCCAAAUUUAAAAUUGAAAGAAACAUCGCCGAAUACAAACAAAGACGAUAUAUCUGAUACAGACACAUCGGGCGAAGAAGGAUGAGUCUAAAGAUUGUAAUUACACAUCUAUGUGAUAAUUAUUAAGGAAUAUAAAAUAAUGCGUUAUAUAAAAGUAUUUAUCAGUAUAAAA